AUGGAUACUGGUAACAACAAUAAUCUUCCCACUAUUCUAAAAUGCAACUUCCCUCCUUACGGCAAAGACUAUCCUGGAGGUUUAGCCACUGGAAGAUUUUCUGAUGGAAGAGUUCCCUCUGAUCUAAUUGAUUUCUCGUCGCCAUCAAGGAAGCGUUUUCUUCUCAUUCAUCUUUUUUUUCUUUCCGCUCUUUGCAUCGUGGUGGCUCUCUUUCCGGCGGCGUCGCGUCUUCAGCUUUUGAAUCUCUGUUUGGACUCGGUGGUGUCGUUCUCCGGCGUUCCUGCGUGGUGGCUUGACUCGGGGAGGAGUGUGGCAUCUUGGUGCUCUCCUCCGGUGAGGUUUCCCGUGUUCUCUCCGCCUCUGCUUUCGUUUGCUCGGCGGCUUUCGGCAUAG